AUGACAGUGGACAUGUCACAUGUCAUAGACGUACCUCCCCCUCGCUUUGAUUUCUAUCAGUCACCUGUAUCCCUCACCCUCGCUGUCUACGUCAAAGGUAGGCGAGCGGAGGAUGUCAAAAUCACGUACUCGUCCGACUCUAUCGCUGUGGAGGUGUUAUCGGGCCAAGCAUGGCAGCGUUUUGUCCUAGGACCUCUCUUCGCGUCGAUCAACUCUGAGAAGACAACUCAUCGUGUCUUACAAUCAAAGAUUGAAAUACAGUUGGCAAAAGUGUCGGAGGGCAUUUGGCCGGCGUUGAUUCGUUCAAAAUCGUCGGGGUCCUCCGGACAAAGUUCUUUCCCUGGACCGAGUAUUGUGACGGGCCCCGUGCCCCCUCCGCCCGCAACACCGUUUUUGGCCCGGGACGAAGACGUUUCAGCUUCAACAAGUGAGAAGAAAGCCGCGAGAAAUUGGGACAAAUUAGUCGAUGUUGAGCUGCAAGAGCCAGAGUCAACAGAUCCGGCGACAUUGCUUCACGAGCUCAUCUCGCAGAACGCUGGGGGAGAUGCCGCUUUGCAGAAGCUGUUUUCGUCCAUCUACGCAAACGCGGACGAUGAUACCAAGCGGGCCAUGGUCAAAUCGUUCACCGAAAGCGGGGGUACCACUUUGAGUACAGAUUGGAAUACAAUCGGGAAAGGGAAAACUCCGAUCAGACCGCCCGAAGGAAUGGAAGCACGGCCGAUGUGA